UUUUAUUUUAUUUCCUUGCUUUUGAGUCGAUCAUUAUCCAAACUUCUAUUGAAGAAGCUUCCUGUGUCUGCAAGACGUCGCGUUUUGCACCUGGAAAUUAGGGUUCAGGCACUGCAGCGCAGGACCGGACGCCCUCAUAUAUUCAACGUGCAAAUUCCGAAGGCGGUGACGACGUGCAAUCUGGAAUAGCGAGAGAGAGGAGGGAGGGAGGGAGAGAGAAUAUAAGAUGGCGCAUAGGUUACUGAGAGAUCUGGAGGCUGAUGGUUGGGAGCGAUCGGAUUUCCCGAUCAUCUGUGAAUCUUGCCUCGGCGAUAACCCCUACGUUCGUAUGACUAGAUCUGUUUAUGAUAAGGAGUGCAAGAUUUGUACACGCCCCUUCACGGUUUUUAGGUGGAGGCCAGGUCGUGAUGCAAGAUUUAAAAAAACUGAGGUUUGCCAAACAUGCAGCAAGUUGAAAAAUGUUUGUCAGGUUUGCCUUUUGGAUCUUGAAUACGGGUUACCAGUUCAGGUUCGAGAUACAGCUCUAUCAAUCAAUUCGAAUGAUGCAAUCCCAAAGAGUGAUGUGAAUAGAGAAUACUUUGCAGAAGAGCAUGACCGCAAGGCCAGAGCUGGUAUAAAUUAUGAGUCCUCAUAUGGCAAGUUUCCUGCAAACGACACUAUUUUGAAGCUUCAAAGGACGACACCAUAUUACAAAAGAAAUAGAGCCCAUGUUUGUAGUUUCUAUGUACGGGGUGAAUGCACUAGAGGUGCUGAAUGCCCUUAUAGGCAUGAGAUGCCUGUCACUGGGGAGUUAUCCCAGCAAAAUAUUAAAGAUCGUUAUUAUGGAGUGAAUGAUCCAGUUGCAUUGAAGCUACUCAACAAGGCUGGGGAAAUGCCCUCACUAGAACCCCCGGAGGAUGAGAGCAUUAAAACCCUCUAUGUUGGUGGGCUUGAUGCCAGAGUUACUGAGCAGGACCUAAGGGACCACUUCUAUGCCCAUGGUGAAAUUGAAUCUGUGCGGAUGGUUCUCCAACGAGCAUGUGCAUUUGUAACCUACACGACCAGAGAAGGUGCAGAGAAGGCAGCAGAAGAGCUUUCUAACAAACUGGUGAUAAAGGGCCUGAGGCUGAAGUUGAUGUGGGGUAGACCUCAAGCACCGAAACCAGACUCUGAAGUCUCCGAUGAGGCAAGACAGCAGGCUUUGGCCCACAGUGGGAUGUUGCCAAGGGCAGUUAUUUCCCAACAGCAGAACCAACUUCAACCCCCUGGUACACAAGAUCAGCCCCCACAGAUGCACUACUUCAAUAUCCCACCACCUCCUCCUAUGCACGAGAGAACCUUUUAUCCAUCCAUGGAUCCUCAAAGAAUGGGCGCGGUGGUUCCAUCCCAAGAAGGGGCUUCUAAUGGACCAGGAGAGAACAAAGCUGGGUCAGAGAAGCUGCCGCAGCUGCAGUUGCAGCCGCAGCCGCAGCCGCAGCAGGGACAGCAAUAUGCUUACCAAUCUAUGCCACCCCCACAAGGUCAGUAUCACCAACCAUUUUAUCCACCAUAUGGAUAUAUGCCACCACCACCACCUGCACCUUACCAACAGUACCCUCCACCACCAUAUCAUUCUGCCAUGCCCCAACCACCACCACCACCGCCACCAGCUACUCAGCAGUACCAGCAUUCUGCACCACCAGGCUCAUCGCAGCAGUGAAACUUGUGUGCUUGUUUGGUGCACAGUUGGAUGUUCGAGUAAACGACCUAGCCCUGUAUUUUUAGAUUCAUAUUUUUCCUCUUGCUUCAGCUGAUAUUUCGCUAUUCAGCAACCAUGAUGUGUUGCUGAUAUAGCUGUGGGGAAUUUGUUGUGUGGUCAUGUGGUUCCUAAUCUCUAUUUCAUACUUGUUGACGACUAUGCUCUUGUCCUUGCAGAAACGAUAAACCUGUUUGUUGCUGAAAUGUAUCUUUUUUUUGUUGCCUAAAUAUUUUGUUAAUAUAUAUUUCCUGUUUUCGAUCAGAAA